CUCCUCUUUCUUUCUGCUCAUAGCAGACCUAAGAUAAGUGUACUCUAUAUAUGUAUUUGGCUGUUUCACUUAUAUAGAGAUUUAUUACUGUAUUUUACCUCUUUGAGACCUAGUGUGGUACUAUCCCAUAGGUGAUUAGUACUCACAGGGCCAAGAAAUUUUCUGUCCUUUUUCCCCUGUAUUCUUUGCUUCCGAGAGCCGGAAACCUUCCGGUGCCGGUUUUCUCUCCUCUGUCGCCGCUUCGUCGUCUCUCUCCCGCUCAUUUCUUUAUCCUCUUCCCCUUCCCCUCCUUUCCCUGCGCCAUUUUACUUGAACCUUCUUCUCCGUCCGAGUUCGCGCGCGCGGGCUAGGGCGGAGCCUUCUCCUGGUUGGUCCGCUUCUCAUUGCGGCCGGCUCGGGAGGGGGCGGCGUUCGGCGUGUAGUUGAGAGGCGCUCCUGCGACCUCCAAUCAGGACCCAGAGGGACGUAGUCUCACGAGACUUCGUCCCCUGGGUUCAAGUACUCCGGGCUUACCUCACACCACAGCGCCAGUGCAACGCUAAUCGGUGUGGAGGUCGGAGCCUGUUCUAUCAGUAGGUUGUAGAAUUUUGUAACAUAUCUAACGGAAUUUAUUCCGCCUUAGAUUUCUAACUGUGUCUGACAUCGGUCCCCCUCAGAGUCAGUUAUUUAUCCCAAUUAUCAGUUUGAAAUCUUUUAUAAGCUACCCUAUAUCCUAAGUUAGUAUGGCUGAGGAACCCUCAUUUGUCCCCCUCAGAGGGGAGGGUCCUUCCCUGGAUGCAGCACAAUUUAUGACUGCCACCCAGAUCCAGGACUUAAUUAAUAAGUCGGUCCAAGCGGCCCUGGCCUCAUCCAUAAUGCCCUCUGGCCUGCAACAACAGGUUUCCAAUGCCUCGGUUCCCCUUCAUGGUGGAGAUCCACAUGUUAAAAAGGGCAAGGCUUCCCAUAAAAGGAAGCACACCUCCGACUCCCCGGCAGGGGAAGAUAAUACUAUGCUCCAGACAGUCCCUACCCCGGUCUGUCAACCCCAGCAUCCCUCUGACUCCGCUCGACCCCUGGGCCUCGGGGAGUUACAUAGCAAGAGGCGUAAGUCCGCUAAGCGCACUAAACCCGACUCCUAUGUGGACUCCUCUACUGAGGACUCUUCGGGUUCAUCUAAUGAGUCUGAGGACUACGAGUCAGACCCCAAUAUUGAACAGGAUGCUUGGGAUACGGCGCUCGACACCGACGCCAACCCUGCCACGCAGGGCAAUGUUAUCCUGGAUUCCCUAGGAGAACCCCUUUUUCACCCAGACGCGAUCUCCCAUCCGAGAUCAGGCGACUGGUCUCCACUCCCCCACGUGGCCCAAUAUAUAGAGCUUUGGGCUCGUAAAUCUCUGGAUAGGUCCAGCCGUAAUAAGCUGAGGGCGGAAUGCCCUAGACCCUUUAUCCCCAAUAAGGUGGUGGCUACCCCGGAGGUGGACCCCAUCCUGAUGAAAUACUUAUUAAAAUCGGGUAAAUUUCCUAAGAAGGGAAUAGAACGUUCCUUCAAGACCAUACAGGAGCGUAUCCUUGAUUUAAUGGGUCCCCUCACUAAGAUCCUUAAUUUAGCCGAGCAUGCUGCGGCGUCGGACGAACCCGUGGACGUCCGUCAGCUCCGUGGCUGGGCCCAGAGAGCCAUUUGCCUGGCAGGUACUGCCAACACCACCUGCUCAGUCGAGAGACGCCGGUCGAUCCUGAUGCGACUCGACCCGCAACUAUCCCAUUUGGCCGAGACCGAACCAGGUCCCUCGGCAGCAGGCAUGCUUUUUGGAGAUAGUUUGAUGAAGGAUGUCAACAGAUUUGUCGGCCUUUUUACCGGCUUGGAUAAGGCCCAAACUUCCCUAAAGAAAUCGGGGUCCAGUAAAAUUUUUCCCCGGGCCGGCAGAAGUAGAGGCCGAUCUGCCGGCCGUUCUGCUCCCUACAGGCCACAGGGCAGACCAGUUGCCCAAUACCAUUAUUCCCAGGCUCCUCCUUCCUACACCGUUCCAGUGGUCCAACCAUCCCCAUUCUUCCCUCCUCGCGGUCGACCCUGGAGAAGUCGUGGCGGACGUGGAUACCCCCGCUCCCGUCCUUCUACCGGAUAUUGAAAGCAGAGGCGGUUUUCCUGAGUUCGGAUGACCUGUUUGGUUCCUGCUGUUUGGUUCCUCUACAGUCCCCGUUGGGACGAAGCUGAACAUCCCUUUGCUCCGGGUUUCUGCUGCUCCGGGCUGAAAGACCGAAGGUUGCUGUUCGUCGAGGAUGCCGGUCUGGAGUUCUGCCUUCUGUGUGGUUCUGGUUCGCAUUAAGAAAGAGGAGGAUCUAUAUGUGGGCAGUCCUUAUAUAGUGGCUACAGACGAGGAGUGGCUGCUGUGGUCCUAGGACUGCUGGGAGUUGAAGUUUUUUCUGUUUUUUGAAUUGAUUACUGAAUAGUUCUGCUAUGGGCAUUAUUAAAGAAAGAAUAAUGCAUAAGAUACUCGCCUCCUGUCUUCAUAUAACUAAUAUUUUCCGUCACAAGCUAGGAAAAUCUCGAUUUAUAUCCUGUAUUAUACCCCAGAGCUGUACUCACUAUUCUGCUGGUGAG